CGAAAUGUAUCCGCCCCACUGUCAGUCUCUUCCCAAACUGGGCGCUUGUUUUCUGUCCCGCCGGAGAAAGGAGCUAUCCAGCUUUACGUUAUUGAAAGAACACAUUCAAGCUGUGAAACGAUGCCUUCUGAUUGACAUCAACAGCAACAACUGUCCAUCAUGAACAGCGAGGAAGAGUUCUAUGAUGCUGAGACAGGUUUGGAAUCAGACGACUCGUGUGAAGUCAGCUUUAAAGAUGCCUGCGUCUAUGCGAUCAAGCAGAGGGUGAAUGGCAAAGUGCCGUCUGAGAAUGGAGUGUUGGAGAGGCGAACUACUCUUCCAGCGCCCAUGUUCUCCAGAAAUGACUUCAGUGUAUGGGGCUUCCUGAAGAAAUGCAUUGGAAUGGAGCUGUCCAAGAUAACAAUGCCUAUUGUUUUCAACGAACCACUGAGCUUCUUGCAGAGGAUUACAGAGUACAUGGAACAUACAUACCUCAUCCAUAAAGCUUGUAAACAUUCGGACUCUAUUGAGCGUAUGCAGCUUGUUGCAGCGUUCGCCGUUUCUGCAGUUGCUUCACAAUGGGACAGAACUGGAAAACCUUUUAAUCCUUUAUUAGGAGAGACUUUUGAGCUUACAAGGGAGGAUGAGGGUUAUCGCAUGAUCUCAGAACAGGUGAGCCACCAUCCACCAAUCAGCGCCUUCUACGCAGAGUCACUCAAUCAGGACUUCUCGUUUCACGGCUCCAUCUAUCCUAAACUGAAAUUCUGGGGGAAGAGUGUGGAGGCUGAGCCUAAAGGCACCAUGACACUUGAGCUGUCCAAGCACGGAGAAGCUUACACAUGGACAAACCCUAUGUGCUGUGUGCAUAAUGUUAUUCUGGGUAAACUGUGGAUUGAGCAGUAUGGGACAGUGGAGAUUGUCAACCACAGCACUGGGGACAAGUGUGUGCUGAAUUUUAAGCCAUGCGGCAUGUUUGGCAAAGAGCUGCAUAGGGUUGAGGGAUAUAUCCAGGACAAGAGUAAAAAGAAGCAUCACGUUCUCUACGGGAAGUGGACGGAGUGCGUAUUUAGCAUUGAGCCAAAAGUCUUCGAAGCCAACAGGAAAGCAGAGAAGAAAAGUGGAGGAGAUUCCAAGAAACACAAGCAGGAACAGGGUACAGGGGGGGAUGAUGCAGAUGAAAUGCCAGAUGUCCAGGAGACAGUCACUAUGAUCCCAGGCAGUGCUCUUCUGUGGAGAAUAGCCCCUCGACCGCCACACUCGACACAGAUGUAUAAUUUUACUAACUUUGCAAUGACACUUAACGAGCUGGAGCCUGGCAUGAUAGGAGUCUUACCACCAACAGACUGUCGCCUGCGGCCAGACAUCAGAGCUAUGGAGAAUGGGGAUAUAGAUACUGCAAGUCAAGAGAAAGAGAGAUUGGAAGAGAAGCAGAGAGCUGCCAGAAGAGAGCGUGCUAAAGAUGAGGAAGAAUGGUCUACAAGAUGGUUCCAGCAAGGCAAUAAUCCAUACACUGGGGCAGCAGACUGGAUCUUCAAGGGUGGUUACUUUGACAGGAAGUACUCUGACCUUCCCAACAUCUACUGAUUCGGUUGGGAAAACUGAGAGAGGCUUGAGAUUCAUCCUUUGCUCUCCUUCACUCAGUCCAUAUCAUCUCCUCUCCUUAAGCUCUUUUCAAUUUUCUCUUUUUCCUUCGUCGGAGUGAAAGUGAUUAGUUUUCGGACAAAGCCUCUUCACAAAUUCUGCUCUUCACUAGAAUCUGGAAAUUCAGCGUGAAUUUAUUUAUUUAUUUUGAGAGGUGGGGAAUGCCUUAAAUUAUUCACUUUUUUGAUGUAUGUUAGAUUUUGAGUUAAACAUUCUGUGCAAACCUGAAUAUGUUUAAAAAUUGCUAGUUUAUGUAUGCUAACCUACCUUUCCAUGCGUCUCGCUAGUUACACUCAGGUAUUCAUUUUAUGGGUACAAGCGGUUAGUGAUGGCAUCAAUCCAGUGCCAUCUGUGAAGAUAGCCAAUAUUUGUGUGAUUUAUUGAAUUGUGCGGUUUCUCAGAACCUAUUAGGAGAGCUUAAUUUUGUGUUUUUGCUCAAACUAAUGCUAUUUUAUCUCUAGUACAUGCUUUUUUUCCUUAUCUCAGAAACAUGACCUCUGUUUUGGUAUGCAUGAUGUGCAGGAACUUCAUAGUUAAAGAUUCUGCCUGAUUUUGAGUACCUGAGAAGGAAAAGGACUUUAUUUUUCAGAAUCAUCCCAUCUAUGUUUAGAAAUCACGGUUGUAUAAGGCAUUUAGGCCGUUUUCUCACCAUCUCCAUGGUACAGGGGAGUUUACUAAAACUAAUAUUCUCAUUCCUCAUAUUUUAGAUCUGUUUUGUUUUUGUUCAACAGACAAAAAUGAAAGCUGCUUAUGAAAAAUGUUUACUUGGUAAAAAAAAAAAACUAAAAAAAAGUUUUUUAAUUGUUAAAAAAAGCUCUUAUAAAAAACAAAAAAUCCUAUUUCAUCCUGUCAUUGAUAUUUUGAGUAUGUUUAUGGUUGCCAAAGUCACUUUUCUCUCGUAGAAACUAAAGCCAUAUAACCCAUCAGGACUGCAAUGUUGAGUGAUCCAUCCUGGUGAAUAAAAUGGAGAUGGGUGCUAAACUCAACUUUUUAUUUUAUUUCACUUCAUGGCUCACGAAUGUCAAGGUGCUUCACCUUAGUCCACAAUAUAUACUCACAUGUACCAAAAAAUGAACAGAAUGUGCUGCACUGCUCACUUGCUUUUUGCCAUACAGCAAGUUUCAUUCUGCAAGGACAAAUUUUUUCUACACAUAAAAAUCAUAAUGACCUUAGAGAUCAUGAAAGACA